CCUCUCAAAACUCUACGCGAGGCAGGCGGUAGGUAGCUGCGUUCUGCUCCCGAGCUCAUCCCUCCAAAAAGCAGGAGGUAACAUGUUCAGAACUACAAGGUCCCCAAUGAUGCAACCCCUGGUCAACUCAGGAAUGGGCAUGGCACCCUUCUUCAAGGUGACCGUGUUCGAGCAGGAGCAUUUUCAGGGUAAGUGCUUGGAGUUCACCUCCGAGUGCGUCAACAUCCAAGAUUGUGGUUUGGAUAACAUCCGAUCCAUCAGGGUGGAGAGCGGCGCCUGGGUUGGUUUCGAGCACCACGACUUCCAAGGCCAGCAGUUGAUCCUGGAGAGAGGAGAGUACCCCCACUGGGACUCCUACAGCGGCUCCAUCUCCUACCACGUGGAGCGUCUCAUGUCACUGCGCCCAAUCUACUGCGCUUCUCACCAGAGCAGCCGCAUGAUCAUCUUCGAGAAGGAGAACUUCAUGGGCCGCAGCGUGGAGGUCUGUGAUGACUACCCCUCUCUGCAGGCCAUGGGCUGGUUGGCUCCUGAAGUGGGCUCCAUGCACGUGCAGUGUGGCGCCUUUGUGUGCUACCAGUUCCCGGGCUACAGGGGCCAGCAGUACAUCAUGGAGUGUGAGAGACACAGUGGUGACUACCAGCACUGCAAAAACUGGGGCUCCCACUGCCAGACCCCCCAGAUUCAGUCCAUCAGGCGCAUCCAGCACUGAGAGGGGGACACACCAAGGCUGGAACAACAGCUCCUGUGCCCCCUCCUCAUCCAUUACCAUGGUCUACAUCUCCAGGCCACUCCACACCUCUUUGUGUGAUAAGAGACAAUAUGGCACUGUUAAAGCACUGGAACGACACACACACACACACACACACACACACACACACACACACACACACACACACACACACACACACACACACACACACACACACACACACACACUGAUAG